CGUGGACUGCUUUAGCUUCUGAUGUAGAUAGCAAGAGCGCUGGUCCAAGGUUCUAUUGUUGGUGGUCAGUGAUUAGGAGCAGGCGUGAAGAGCAACAAAUCCCAAUUACCAGGAGAAGAAGCCCAGCAACUUGCUAUCUUCUUCCCCGUACGGACAUGCGAGAGACCUACGCCAUGGGCCCAGACCAUCCAAGAUUCCUCGACAAACUCGCCAAGUUGAGGAAAUUUGUCAAAGACAAGAGAGCAAAACGUCAAAGAAUUAUCAAAAGCCAAGAAAGAAGCAAUGGCAAUACUAACAUCAAGAAUCAUUUUCUGUCCUCAACCUCAGCAACCCCAACGUCAACGUCAAGUCCCAGUGGUGAGUCUUCAUCCCCAAAAGCACUACCAAAAGCUGUACCUGUUUCUAGUUCAACGACGAGCCCUACUUCCUCAUCGCAAGGACGACCACCUGCCACUGUGUCUUCGAACGUCAUCACUUCCGCAGACGACCAAUCACUCGCUUUAGUCUACAUCAACCCCAACAACAGGAACGCAAAUACCUCUACCUCAUUGGUGCAAGCGAUUCCAGUCGCAAUAGCUCACUUCCGAAACGCACACAACAUCCUGGGUUGGGGACCUAACCUUGCUAGUAAUGCUAAUUUUUCUAGUAAUGGAAUUGGAAGUACAAGUACUAGCGAAGGAAACGCAAACGCACAAAUGGGACCGAGUAGACCAUCACUUAGACCAGCAUUGUCAACGCGAACUCACAAGUGGACUUUCGUUUUCCUGAGUAUAGUGGUCUCUGCGUCUGCAUGUAACUUGGUCCUAUUCAGUCUCUUCCUGCAUUUGAGGAGAAGAUAACAAGAUUUAGAUGAACAACAGGCGGUUACGGUUAGCCCACGAACGCCUUUUAACUACCCUUUCCCUUCCCUAUAAUAUUUAUUAACCUUUUUAAUCUCGAAUAUAUUAACCUUAAUCUCGAUCUCCAUUAUCUUGUUACACUCCGCAACGCAUCAACGCAAACACCUCAUGAAGAUCUGACAUUCUUGUUGUAUAUGCGUCCAAAGUGACGUAUGCGUAUCGCGCACAUAGAAUUAGAAUUGGCAUGACUAAAGAAGAGCUCCCCACGAAAGAGAAAGCACCUUUUUCCCGACCCUACUAGGAAAUGGAGUCAGAGUCACUUGGAC